UAGCUAACGGAAGCUAACAGCAACUAGUUGUAGUUGGUUAGUCUGCUUGAAUAAAAAGGGAAAAGAAAGACUUGUGCAAUAAUCCAUUCCUUUAAACUACAUUUAAAAAAAAAAUAACUGGUUCAUGAACUACAUUCAUGUGUAUAUUAUCUGUAUGCAUUGCCGCCACGAUCAAGGUGUGCCUGAAAUUUAAUUGAUUCUGGUACCGGGUUAAUUGUAUUAAAUUCGACUGGUGGUUUUUUUGUGUGUAAAAUCUUUUUUGACACUCUUGCUUGUUGGGGGGUUGAAUGAAGGUUGUAGCGAACUGUAAAGUGUGGUAAUUUUUCGAUAAAUUGAACGACAUUAUAGAGCAUUUCUGUGUGUGUUUGUAUAAUAUUCAAUUUAGUGGAUCGAUAUUGCACAUUGAAUGCCUCAAAAAAGAGGGUCAAUUAUUAGCACAAAAAGAGACUCUUUAACUCGUUGAUAUAGACGAGUAGGAACAAAAAUAAAAAUAAAAAGUUUAUUAAAUUUUCGUCUAUAUAUAUUCAUAUGUGGUCGAUCUCCCUUUCAACCAUUCAAUUUUGUUGUUGAAAAUUUGGAAUGGAAGCGAAAAAAUAAAAACAAUUAAUUUGAUUAAGUGCUUUCGGGGGUUCUUUUGACCCGAAAAUACAAAACCGCAUACACCCGUUUCGGUUGGAGCUUUCUAUAUUUUAUUUCAUUUAAUACGUUGGACUGACACCGGACUCAUACCUGUGUGUGUGUGAUUUUUUCAUAAUAUCUUUUUUUGGUAAAAUAGGAUUUUCGUGUUUUUUCGAUAUAUAUUCGAGUGUGUUAUUUAUUAUCAUAAUAUUAUAUGCGAGUGUGUACCAAUAUGAAACAGGUAUAAAUUUCAGUUGAAUUGAAGGGUUUCCAUCAGCAUUAUCGUCAACAUCACUGAGUGAAAAUUGAUAUUGGAAUUUGCGUGUCGAAAGGAUAUAAAUAAUAAAUUGUUUUGAUAUGGAACCAACAUAACUUUCAACUAUCAACACGAAAAACAUCAUCAGCAAACAAUUAAGUAUUCCCUUCGUAGCACCAGUUUCAUCCUAGCUGAACCAUUUCAUUUUUCCAUCCGUGCUAAAAGAGUGCUUUGCGAACUAUUAGAAGAUGCAUUCUAACAAUGUGUAAAAAAUUGUGAAAAGGCCAAAGUACCGAAGAAAAUCCAAAUCAACACAAAAAAUAUAAGAAGACGAGCAAAGAAAAACGCUAAAUUAAAAAGUCUUGAAAAUAGUUCAUAAAAGUUGAGCGUGUUGCACGAAACAUCAUCUAUAUAAAAUGAUAUAAAACUGGGAGAAUAUAAUGUGAUUUUAGUUUUGUUUAUUUUUUAUGCAAAAUAAGUCGCGAUGAAGUAAAUACAUUUUCAUCAGGAACUGCUAUUACGAACAAAAGAGAAUUUAUUUAUUUUAUUUUUUUACUUUUUUCUACAUCACAGCAAACAUUAGUAUACUGUUCUCGUCUAAACGACGUCACACGAAGCAUUUCCAUAUUAUAUGAGUAAAUACACAUUUAUCCUACAUCACAGUACCAGACUAUAAUAUAGAUAUAAUUAAGGGAAGUUUAACCGAUUCGACGAACAACAUCAGAAUAGAAAAUUAAAUUGGAAGAAGAAAGUGUUACGAAAGCAUAAAUUGAACAAAUUGGAUGGUUCUAUAUGAAUAAACAUAAUAAAUACUGAGCUUUGUUAAAAAGAAUUAAAGGACAGACAAUGAGGUUAUUGUCCCUAAAAAGUCGGCCAAAUGUUUGUAAAAACAUUUUCAGUAGGAGCACAUUUAUAUUCGUUGUUUUCCAUCAAAUUUUGAUAUCAAUCGAUGCGGCUCCAACGAUACAACCCGGCGAAAUCGAACGAAACGCGACAGAUUCGUUUACACUAUCCAAAGAUACCUUAGUGAACGAUGUCGACAACGUGAACAAGACUGUAAGGGUCGAGCAUAAGAACAUUGGAAAAGUAUUAGAAAAAACAUCGUUUCACGACGACAAUUUUAAUGAUAAAUUAGCCGUGCUGAAUGCAAACAUUAGCACUUUAGAUAAAAAAGAUGAUGGAACAGAACAACAUUUCGAUGAGGGUUCGAGCAAAAGUAUUACGGAAAAGGAAGCUGAAUUUAUCGCAACGACAAUUGAGACAUUUAUUAACAUUGAUAAGAUUAAUAGAAAUGCGGUCACGGUUGAUGAUAAAGAAAAUUCGGAUGGGAAAUUAUUAGAGCAACUGAAAACGAAUGUGCCGAAUACUGACGCAAAAACAAUUGAUGAAAAUCGUGUUUCGUCAUCCACCCCAUCAAGUGACCCGUAUUUUAUCAGUGACUUGUCUGAUUUAUUGGCGGAGAAUAGAGAAUUCGAUCGUGUUAGCGAUAUUGCUGAUGGUGAUGUAAUACACCAUCCAUCAACGCCAAAAGGAAGAUUCGGUGAUUUGAUUAUGGACAGCCCAAGCACAACAACACAUCCCGACGAACUCUAUCAACAAGGCAAUACAGGCGAUGUUGAAUUAAUAGAAAAAUCACGUGACCUGGAAAUUAAUAUCGGUCAUGAAAUGGUUUUCACCCCAACCGAACACGAUGUUGUUAAGGCAAAUGUUACUGUUGCGAUAAAUCAAUAUGAUAAGGAUGAACAAAUGGUGAAAUCAAAUGAUGGUAUGGGCAUUGCUGAAACCACUGAAACGAAGAACGAUAUGACAACAACAACAACAGCAACUAUUACCACAAUAAACGCAACGACCACAAUAGAUACCGAUAGCGGAAAGGCAAUAAAAACAGUUGAUGUUGGAAAAAAUGCCACAAAACCCAAACACAACACCAGCAAUAAUUCGAGCAACGCAAAGAAGUAUAUGAGUGGAGAAAAAAAUCAAAAAAAGAAAACCAACUUGGGACGUGAUGGCGUCAAAGCGAACAAAAAGCAAUUUUCAAAUAAUAAAUCAAAUCUGUUGCCACCAGAAGAGACAGAAUAUGCAACCACAACCACCACUCCAAUUUCAAGUGAUGUUAGUAUUAUUGAGGCGAGUACAUUGAAAUCGCUUCCUGAAUUCACAAAUAUUUUGAAAGUAGUGAACACUAAUAGAGACGAUCAGGGUCCCAUUGACAACACAAACGAAGCUUUCACCGAAACUGCUGCUGUUAUUACUAGUUCUACUACCGCCACCACUGUAAUAACACCAACAUUUACUUUAAUGUCAACAUCUCCUAUAACAGCCACUCAAAUCUCUUCUCGUGCAAAACCGGAUAAUGCAAGCCAUGUUGAACACGUUUUCGAUUCCAUUGAAUUGCUAUCAUCUUCGUUGCCAAACGGUAGUUCAGCAACAGAGAUGGAAAUGGAAAAAAUUAUUUCACGAAAUGAUGUUGCAAAUGAGACGGAUAUUCUCGUGGUGGAAAUUUUGGAACGUUUGAAUGGCACAGAGGAAAGUGGCAGUGAUGUCGAUAAAUUAGAUAUUAUUAUCGAGAUUGAAACGACAGAUAAUACAUUCGACAAUCUGCAUAAAAAUGACAGUGCUCGAAAUGAAUCAGCGACCGAUAUCCACUCAACGACAGAGACUUUAUUGACUUUCGAAGAUUUUACGGCUAAUUCAAGCGACAACAUUCGGCCGGAAAAUGAUAAUGCAAACCGGAAAUUAACGAAUAAAAUUUUGGAAUCAUCUGACAGCGAUGAAUUCUUUGUGCCGGAGGACAUUAAGGAACGUGAAAAUGCAAUCAAUGUCAUUAUACCCGAAACAACGACCACUUCGGAUACGACGCAAGACAAAGAGCAUACCAAACAAUCAACAGUUGACCAUGACGCGGACACCAUAUUUUAUAUCUCCAAUACUGAAGUAAAAGUCAUCGAAUCGGCCCCUACCCCAAACACAAAUCAGGAGAGUCAGUUUUUUCCUGCCGUUUACGAGGAAGAUGUUAUUAUCGAUUUUUCUGGUAAAAAUUUUUCUGGCUGGGGUAAUCUACCAGAUAAAUAUGAAGAAGACAUAAUUCUAUCUCCUCUAAAGAACAACUUUGAUCCGCUGAAACUGAAUGACGAAAAUUUGAGCAUUAGCUACGUCGGUGAAUCAUUCAUCGAUGUUAAGGAAUCGACAAACAACGACCCAUUGUCGAAGUCAACCAAUAAUCCAUUUACGAACACUGAAAUUGAACCAAACACAAUAACAUCUGAUGUCAUUAUUCAACCGGUACAAUUGCCAGAGGCCAUACAACAGCAACAAAUACCGAUUGGUGUACCAAUUAUUCAGCAAUUGCCGCCACAGAUCGAAAUUAAACAAAUUGAGUAUAAUUACGAUUUAUCCAAUAUGUCGCACGGUGAUCGGAAAAAAGGCAUUGAAGGUGUCACAUCGCGCGUCAUUAUUCAUUCCGGUGAUAGUUUACAAACAAAUCAUUUGAGUGCUGAAUUACCACAGGACACCAGCACGAAUAAGGAUGUGAAAAGUAUGCCAUCGAAAAGGAAUGGAAAUGGAAUAAAUGCAACGACAGCAUCCGUUGUGAAUGGGACGGCAUAUUCGGUGUUGGAUGAUGAACCGGAAAAUAGUAUCCUUUCGUAUAUGGGUUUCAAUGACGUUAAAACCUUGCUAUUGGCUUUGUUUGCAACGCUGGUGCCUUUAUCAUUUUUUGUUUUUGCUGUAUUUUGCGUAAAAUGGGCAAUGGAACGCUUGAAUUUAAUGGGUGAUAAUAGAAUAACUGGAGACAUCAGCACGGAUCCACUAGCAGCAAAAUCUCGAACAGUAUCAGCCGAUGAGUUAAAAUCGACCGAAUCAGGAUAUUCGAUUAAUCGAAGCAGCGAUACACUUGAAACUAGCGCAGAAACAACAUCGAAAACAAACGGGCAAAAUAAAGUCAACCACAAUGGAGCAAAUGGUUCUGUUAUCACUAUGACAAUGCAGAAUAAUCAUUUGAUUGUGGAAACAGAAGAGAGAAAUGACAUGGCCCGAAAUGCACGUGAAACCAAAAUGCAUUACUCACCGUCGGAAAAGGGUGGUGUUUUCGUAGUUGAAGCUGCACGUGGAGCCGACAGCACUGCGGCAUGCAAUGGCACCGUCAUCAAGGACAAUUCGAUUGCUCAACAAAGUAGUACCCCGAUUGUGCCGACAAGUCCGAAAAAUGUUGACAUCCUAUCUCGCGACGAUGCCACUCUAUUGAACAACGAAGAAAUACAAGUGCAUCAACCUCCGCUAGGAAUCAGUGACGAUGAAAUAUUAAACGUUGACGAUGAUGGUGUAAUUUCGAUGGCGGCUAGGCAAUUGAAUGGAGAUGAUUCGAUGCGACCGAUUUCUGGCAGCACCAACACCGGGCUGUCACAAUCUGACUUAAGUAUUUCCGAUUCGUGUGGGUCCAAUCAAGGAUACUGUUAUGGCAGUCAACAGCCAUAUACAAUCGAAGCGCAAGGUUAUCAGUCGUCAUCGCCACAUUUGGUCAAUGACAUUAAACCGGCCAUGAGUCCAUCGGAUUCAAAGCCCAUCAUCAAGUCGGCCAUUUACAAACAGGAAUCGGUUGAGCCGGCGUCUUCUUAUCCGGAAGAUGGACGACCUGGUAAAUUGAGAUCUGAUAAAAAUAUUUCGGAAUUUUGUAAGCCUCUCAAGGAGGAAGCGUUGAUUGAAGAGCAACGGCAAUUAGGCAAUGGUGAAAUUCUAAUCGAAACUCAAACUGAUAAUGCGCUGAAAGUGGAAAUUGCCGUAGACACAGUCGAUAAGGUUUCGGAGAAUGACAAGACUGGCGACGUUGCAAACGAGAUUGUUGAGAACGGUGACGGAUACGAUAGUUUGAUCUGUUUACCGGCUCCGCCCACCAUCGACGAAAUCAAGCAAUUGAACGAUAUAACACUGUUGGACAACAACAAUAUGGAUUCACUACCACCGCCACCACCACCCGAAGUAAUUGUUGAGGGGCCAACGAAUGGUGAAAGUUAGUGCUUAAGAGUUUUGAAAUUUAUAGAGCAACCACAACCAAAA